UGGGUUGAGACUAUUUCCGAUGUUGAAUUGUUUGAAAGACUAAGGACCCUUAAUCCGCAGUUUGAAUUUCAAGGUGAUACACUUCGACAUACUGUUCAUGAUUGUGUUCGGUUUGGAGAAAUGAUGGUUGAUAUCCAGCCGUCUGAUGUAUGUAACGUUUGCUUCCAGUACAAUCUGGGAGAGUCUGUGAUAAAUUGGCGCAUCAGUGCUGUUGUUCCUGUUUCUUCGGUGCUUCAUUAUCACGUUGUUCUCCCGCUUUCAUUGGCAAUGGAAUCACUUUGCAGGAAACAAGAUUUACUCAAUAAUAAGUUGUCGGCGCUUGAUCGUUACACAAAUCGACUUCGUGAAACAUUGAUGCUUCCAAAUACAAAAAAAGAGGAUGCAAAUCAGGAUUUUGAUUUGACAUAUGACUUUUCAGGGGGUUUAUUACCAUCAUCAGUCAGUCGGAACCUUUUCUGCGAGGCGUCUAAACAUCUAUUCACACCGGAAAUGGAGAAUGUUUCGUUGUCUGAGAUACAAAUGGUGCCUGGAUGUGAGUCAAAGGAAGAUCUAAGUACAAGUGAUUUGGCUGAGACGAAACGAAGAAAUGAACUUCAUAAAAAGUUGGCAGGUCAACUUGUCAAGUCUAAGGGUAAAGAAAAAGAUAUUAGAUAUUGGAUAACGUGGGAAUUUAAUUGUGUACGUGUCGUGUGUAGUCACAAGCAAAUAUCUAUAAUGUCUCACAAGCGUCCUGAGCACACUCUUCCUCCUGAGUUGUAUUACAAUAGUGAUGAAGCCAGAAAAUACAGUUCUAACUCUCAUAUAAUCGAUAUUCAAACACGUAUAACAGAACGAGCUUUAGAACUACUUGCUCUUCCCGAAGAUGAAACUUGCAUGCUUUUGGAUAUUGGAUGUGGCUCAGGUUUAAGUGGCGAAGUUAUCUCUGACAGUGGUCAUCACUGGGUUGGUGUUGAUAUAAGUAAAGAUAUGUUGGAUGUGGCCUUGGACAGGGAAGUAGAAGGAAGUUUGUUACUUGGUGAUCUUGGCUGUGGAUUACCAUUCCGUAGUGGGUCAUUCGACGGAGCUGUUAGCAUUUCAGCUAUACAAUGGUUAUGCAACGCAGAUAAGUCUUCGCAAAAUCCUGUUGUACGACUCAGACGAUUUUUCUCCUCGUUAUACAGUUGUAUGACUCGAAGUGCACGAGCAGUUUUACAGUUCUAUCCAGAAUCUGUUAUUCAGACAGACUUGUUACAAAACGAAGCUAUGCGAGCCGGAUUUACAGGUGGCCUUAUUAUUGACUUUCCAAACAGUACUCGAGCAAAAAAGUACUUUUUGGUAUUGGAUGUCUGCAAUUCUCGUCGUGUUCCUCAACCACUGACUGAUAAUAAUUGUGCAGUAAACUUUGCUCGGGAUAAAUUGGAGAGUGUGCGACAAUGUCGACAACUGAAGAAGUUACCAAAACACAGCGUAGCUUGGAUUAAACAAAAAAAGCAACGUGCUAGAGAUCAAAUGAAAGACGUUGUACAUGACUCUAAAUAUACUGGACGAAAGCGGCGUGCAAAGUUCUGAUCCAACUUCUGUUCCAUAUCUACAGAUCAUAUUGUGUAUUAUUGUAC